CUCACAUCUGGUCCUCAGCACAGUGAGCUGAAUCACAGACACAAAAAGAGGAAUUUCCUGUCUUGAAGAAAAUGAGUUUCUUUGAGAAGGAAAAGGUAAAGUGGAAGGCUCUAAAAACAGAUCUGUGCCAGACGAUCAGAUGCACCAGGCAAGAGGAGGUGCUCCUCCUGCUCUACUUCUGCUACUCCCUCUCAGAGCAGCAGAGUCAACACACUCUCUUGCUAUGCAUCUGGAUGGUUUCUUCUGAAACGCUGUCAUGGAUUAUCACCACCUGCUUUUGCUGUGGACCUGCAGCCUUUGGCCAGAUCUUCAGUUGUGUUUCAACUUUGACACGAAGAACUUUAAGAUCUUCUCCGCUUCUAAAGAAACUCAGUUUGGUUACAAAGUUCAGCAGCACGAGGCAGGAGGACGACAGUGGUUGCUGGUUGGAGCUCCCUUUGAAAACACAGGACAGCAGCAGACUGGUGAUGUGUACAAAUGCCCACUGAACACCAGAAGUGCUGCCAACUGCAGCCGACUCAACUUGGGGAAACUGUCCCUGGACAAUGUGACAGAAAGAAAAGACAAGAUGCGACUAGGAAUGACACUCAACUCCAACCCAAAAGACAACAGUUUUGUGACUUGCGGCCCUCUCUGGUCUCAUGAAUGUGGAAGCUCUCUGUACAGCACUGGGAUCUGCGCCAGAGCCAACCGGAACUUCAGACUCAACCAGAUUAUCACACCUGCCUUACAAAGGUGCGAGACAUUUAUGGACAUUGUUAUUGUUCUGGAUGGAUCCAAUUCCAUCUACCCUUGGUACGAGGUCCAGGACUUUAUCAUAAACAUCUUGCAGAAGUUCCACAUCGGCCCGGGUCAGACCCAGGUGGCCAUUGUUCAAUAUGGCUCUACAGUAAUUCAUGAGUUCAGUCUCAGUGAUUAUCAGACGAUGGAGAAAGUGCUGCAGGCUGCGAGGAACAUCAACCAGCGAGGUGGAGAGGAGACGAAAACAGCACUGGGUAUCAAAGUGGCACGGUCAGAAGCAUUCCAGCGAGGCAGCAGGCCAGGAGCCCAGAAGGUGAUGAUUGUGAUCACGGAUGGUGAAUCACAUGACAGCCACCAGCUGGGGCAAGCUGUCAGUGACAGCAAAAACGAAAACAUCACCAUGUAUGCCAUCGCUGUCUUGGGUUAUUACAACCGUCGGGGAAUCAACUCUGAAGCCUUUCUGAAAGAAAUCAAGGUCAUUGCCAGUGACCCUGAUGAGGAUUAUCUCUUUGAAGUGACGGAUGAAUCUGCUUUAAAAGACAUCGUGGAUGCUCUGGGAGAAAGGAUUUUCUCUCUGGAAGGUGUCAACAGCCAGGGUCAGGGGUUUGGUCUUCAGAUGGCUCAAGCUGGUUUCUCUUCAUAUUUAGUCCAGGAUGGUGUUUUACUUGGUGCUGUGGGUGCUUACAACUGGAAUGGUGCUGUGUUUAAGGAAACUAAACAUGGUAGAGUGAUUCCACCCAAGUCGUCCUACGAAGAGGAGUUUCCAGAGGCACUUAAGAACCAUGCAGCUUAUCUGGGUUACUCAUUGGGUUCAGUCAUUUCAUCAAAUGGAUCUCAGCUUUAUGUGUCUGGAGCUCCAAGGUUCAACCACACAGGCAAGGUCAUCAUCUUCACUAUAAAGGAGACUGGAAACCUAAUCAUCAUGCAAUCACUGCUGGGAGAUCAGAUUGGCUCGUAUUUUGGGAGUGAAGUGUUAUCACUGGACCUAGACAUUGAUGGAUACACUGACUUUCUCAUGGUAGCAGCACCCAUGUACUACAGUGAAGGCUGGGAGAGGGGAAGGGUCUACAUGUUUGCCCUUAAGUCACAGGCCUCCUUCAUGCUGCAUGGGGUACUUGAAGUCUCUAGCUGCUCCCAGAACUCCCGUCUGGGUUCAGCGAUGGCCCAGAUAGCUGACAUGAAUGGAGAUGGGCUUCAAGAGUUGGCGAUUGGAGCACCACUGGAGGAUGACCAUCAGGGGGCAGUCUACAUCUUUCAUAGCAAAGACAAAACAAUUGAGCUACGUUACAAACAGCGUCUGUCUGCAGCGGGCCUAUCUACAGGUCUACAGUACUUUGGUCAAAGCCUUCAUGGAGUUCUUGACAUCAAUGCUGAUGGGCUUGUUGAUCUUGCAGUGGGAGCACUGGGAGCUGCAGUCAUUAUCUGGUCUCGAAGUGUGGUGCAGAUUAAGGCCAAACUGACCUUUGAACCUGAGAAAAUCAACCUCUUUAACAAGGAUUGCCAGCGAGGAGGAAAGGAGGUCACCUGCAUGUCUGUCACUAUCUGUUUGAGUCUGGAGAGCAAGAUAAAAACCACGACCAGAACCGAUGUCGCUGUUUGGUAUCGUCUAAUAUUUGAUGAGAGGCGUGUUCCUCCUCGGGCAGUCCUGGAUGAACCCCACCAACAGCAGCCAAGAAGACUUUUCAUACAGACUGGAGGUCAGAAAUGUGAACGCCUCAACUUCUUUGUCCAGGAAACAGCAGAUUUCUGGAGUCCUGUAGUGGUUUUCACAGAGGCUGGGUUGCUGAGCCAAGACAAGGGACCGGUGAUGGACCCAGACUCACCAAACAUCACAAGAUCUGAACUUCACUUCUGGAAAGGAUGUGAGCAGGAGGACAGCUGCACUCCUGACCUUGUCCUCAAUAGUCACACUGAUCUCAUGAAUGCUCAGGACUUUUGCAGUGUGAGGGAACAGGCCGCCUCCACCUUCUGCAGCCUUCAGGUGGAACAGAAAAACCAGAUGUUUGUUGUAGAACCUGACCGAAGGAGGAUAAUGGUGUUUGCUCGUCUGGAGAAUCAGGGAGAAAAUGCAUACAGAGCUGCCAUCCACAUCUCCACCUCCCCUAACCUGCUCUUCUCCAGCUUCAUAGUAAAGGACCAUUCCGACCUCCAGAUUAAGUGCUCUGCCGAGAACAGAACAGCCUCCGAUAGGAGCUGUAGCAUCAGCACUCCAUUGAUGAAGUCCUUGUCUCAGGUAACUUUCUGUUUGGAGUUUGAGUUCAACCAUUCCAUUGUCCUAGACCAUGCACAGGUUGUCAUGGUAACCACCAGUGAUGGAGAGGAGGGAUACCCGGAUGACAACAUAAACAACAUCUCCCUGCCCUUAAAUUAUCAAACCGACUUCCUCUUCAUCAGAAACCCCGACCCUCUUCGUUUUGAAAUCAGAGCGGAUUCCUCCUCAAAAUGGGAUACAACCAACAGCAGCUUUCUCACCUUUAACCUCACUUAUUCUAUUCAGAACCUGGGCACAUUCUCAGUGGCUGACAUCCUUUUCCAGGCUGAUUUAUGGGCUGUGACCAGGAAGGGGAACCAGAUGGUGGACUUCACAGAUUACAGGAUUGAAGAGCUGGUACCUGUGUCCCACUGUGUGCUCCCUCAACCCGAAACAACCCGCCUUACAACACCUGAGGACCUGUCACACCUGCCGCAGCUAAACUCCAGUAACAGCGAGAGCCUUCAAGUUCACUGCAGGCUCAGCUUGUCGGCCUCCAGAAGUCUAAAGCUCACACUCACCGGGAGACUCCAGCUUCCAGUUCUGAAUGCUGUGAACUUCAAGUCUCUGGAACUGCUGAGUUCUGCCUUCAUCCAAAUGGAUACAUCUGGGCCCAUGUUUCUCCUGGAAGACAGACUGGCUAGACAGAUAAUCUUGGAUCUGAGGAAGGAGGGAGACAACUUCAUCCCUGUCUGGAUCAUACUGGGAAGCUCACUGGGAGGCCUCCUGAUCCUGUUUGUAUUGGUCCUGGGCCUGUGGAAGCUUGGGUUCUUCAACAGGAGAAGACGGGAGGAACAGCCUGAAGCCAAUGGGAAGACAGAGCAGCAGAUACAAGGCCUGGAAACCUCAUAGGGGGCCUCAAACCCCAUAGACCUGAAAUUAUUACAAGCUUCAACCAGACACUCAAAAGACUGCAGCUAACUAAACCAGCCAGCUUUUCAUGGGACUCUAAUAAAAGGGCCAGUUUGCAAAUGAAAAGGUCACAUUUACUAACAGCAAAUCGCCAGCCAUCACACUCAGCACAUCCCUCAGAAAUGUCUUGCUUUUGUUUUUAAGAAAUUGUAUGCUAACCUCCAUUUCCAUUACCCGCGUAUACAAGUGGCAGUUACUGGCCUAUAGUUUCCUUAACAUUUAUGUCACAGUCACUCAAAAUAAGAUAUGCAUUAUAGCUCAAUUUCUUCCAGAUUAAUUUCAGAAUAACUUUUUAUCAUUUUUAUUUUAACUUCAGAUCAACUUUAGAAUAGUUUCAUAACAACUCUACAUUAACCACUGGUUUACUUCAGAUAACUGCAGAUCAACUAAAUUCUCUGUAACUACAGCGUGUACGGAAAGUAUUCAGACCCCCGUCAAUUUUUCAACCUUUUGUUAUAUUGUAGCCUUUUGUUAAAAAUCAAUUUAAUAUAUAUUUUUUCCUAAUUAAUAUUGAGGGGACUGUAUUGAACAAGUGAUGAGCAGUGCCUGGUCUUCCGCACACAUAGCACUUAGAAUUAAGGCCAAGAAGUUCUAUCUUGGCCUCAUCAGACCGGAGAAUUUUAUUUCUCACCAUCUUGGGGUCCUUCAGGUGUCUUUUAGCAAACUUCAAGCUCGCUUUCAUGUGUCUUGCACUGAGGAGAGGCUUCCGACGGGCCACUCUGUCUUAAAGCCCUGACUGAUGGAGGGCUGCAGUGAUGGUUGCCUCUACAGCUUUCUCCCAUCUCCUGAUUGCAUCUCUGGAGCUCAGCCACAGUGAUCUUUAGGUUUGUCUCACCCGGUAGUUUGGUCGGACGACCUACUCUAGGAAGGGUUCUGGUCAUCCCAAAUGUUUUCCAUUUAAGGAUUAUGGAGGUCACUGUGCUCUUAGGAACCUUAAGCGCAGCAGAGAUGUUUUUCUAACCUUGGCCAGAUCUGUGCCUCGUCACAAUUUUGUCUCUGAGCUCCUCAGGCAGUUCCUUUGACCUCACGAUUCUCAUUUGCUCUGACAUGCAUGUGCUGUGAGGACUCAUAUAGACAGGUGUGUGGCUUUGCUAAUCAAGUCCAAUCAGUAAAAUUAAACACAGUGAAGUUAAUUAAUUAACUUAAUUAAUUAAACUCCAGUGAAGAUGUAGGCCCAUCUCAAGGAGGAUCAGAAGAAAUGGAAGGGACCUGAGUUAAAUAUGAGUGUCACAGCAAAGGGUCUGAAUACUUAGGACCAUGUGAUAUUUCAGUUUUUCUUUUGUAAUAAAUAUGCAUACAUUUCUAAAUUUCUGUGUUUUUCUGUCACAGUGGGUGCUGUGUACCAGUACAUCAAUGAGGGAAAACAUGGAGUUUUGGGUUUUCAUGAGCUGUACGCCAAAAUCAUCAAUAUUAGAAACAAUAAAAGGCUUGAACUACU